CCUUAUUUGUCCUUUGUUUAUACAAUUGAUCGUAUUUUAAAUUAAAAACAAUUUCGAUAAUUGAAAAUAACGACUUUUUUCGUGAAAACACAACAAUUACCAUGGCAGAAGACCUUACCACGAUUACAUGGAGAAGUGUUGAAUGGAUUCAAAGUAGACCCGAGGGUUUGAAUUCAAAUAAUGUCUUGGAUUAUUUUGCUGAAUCACCGUUUUGGGAUAAUCAAUGUAAUAAUGCUAUUUUAAAAAUGCAAACACAAUACAAUGAUCUUAAAGACCUAAAUGUAGACUUAAGAAAAAUGAAAGGAAUUGAAUUUCAAAUUGUACAUGAAAAGGCACCAGUUUUAUGGGUCAUUAGAAAACAAAAUAGAUUAUCCGAAUGGUCAGUUAGUCCUAUAGCUACGUUUUAUAUUUUGAAUAAUAAUAUUUAUCAAGCACCUGAUUUAUAUUCAAUCAUAGGGACUCGUAUAUUGACAAGUUUAUAUUAUUUACAUAUCGCUUUUAAUACUGCUCUACAAGAAGUAGAAUUUCAUCCUGCAACAGGAUACACAUGGAAGGGUGCAAAUGAUCCUAAUGCGUCACGAAAAUCUAAAGUUCAACAAGACCCAAUAGAAUUAAUAGACUUUCGUAAUGGUGCUGAUAGAGCGUUCGGAAAUGUUACUCGUAAAAUGCAGCAACAGUUAGCCCAGGCUAUUACUCAAACCGAAGAAGAUAAUUUAUCGGCCAUUAAUGAAUUAAAUGAUUCUUUAAUGGCUGGAACACCUGGUGAAAUGAGUGAUCAGUCACCAUCACAGCCGAUGGCUACUGAUCAAAUGGGCAAAAGAAGGAAAAAGAGCGAAGAUGCCACUGGAAAAAAGAAAAAGAAAAAACAAACCGGAUAAAAGUAAAUACUGUCUAAAUUAUGUAAAUAGAGUUGUAUUAAAAAAUUAAGUUUUAAUGAAUGUGGAUAAGGAUCUUUUUUAACUAGAUUAUGUGCUUUAUGAUAAAAAAUUAAUUUUCGGUGUAG